GAGUACCGUUUUCUAUGGAAAGUGGUUUUCUUCCCUGGCCGUUAAAUUUUCGUUGUUCGCAUUGUUACUUCUAAGAAACGUCACUCGGACGUUUCGCGAUAUUAAAUUUCUAAUUGGACGUUCGACAGUCACAUCUAGUAAAGUCAACGAGUAACGAGCUGGGGAUGAAAAGUAUGCUAAUUGGCGUUUGUCUAGCGACGGAAUUUUAAGAAGGAAAAGAUUUUCCUCGACUUAUAAGGAUGUUCGUCGCGGUGCGUGCGUUAGACAGACGCCAGGACAGCUCUGAGCACGAUACUCCACGAUUUUUUUCGAGGAUGCGUUUCCUGUUAGCGAGUCUUUUGUUCGUCGCUUACGUUUGCUCGACGAAAGGUCACGGAAAAGGUCACGAUCGUCACUGCAGAUAUUGGUGUAAAACGUCCGAUCAUCGAUAUUAUUGCUGUCCAACAGGGAAACACGAGGGCUGGAUGGAGCACGUCUGGCAUUUCUUCUUGCAUCCGUGGCUCUGGAUAAGCGUCGGUGAAUUUCCUCUGUCUCACUCGUCGUGGCCGGAAAUAGUCGUAACCGAGAUAGAAACCGAGAAAAAAGCGAAGAAAUAUUGCCCGCCGUUGAGAGCACACUGUCCACGGAUUUACGAUUGGUAUUCGCCGCCGUCUUUAUGCCACCGCGAUGAUGACUGCGACGAAUGGGAAAAGUGUUGUCUGGACGUUUGUCUCGGGCACAAAACCUGCAAAUCUGCUGAAUAGGAAAUGGGUCGCUCGAAAGCUCAAGGCCGCAAUUAUUCGAUAAAAACGACGUCGUCCAUUCGACGCGUUCACCCAUUAACCCGUUCGUCAUUGGGGACGUUUUUUUCGUGAAAAUUGUAAGAACAGCAGACUUUAAAAAAAUAUUAUCUUAUAGGGAACGACAAGACGAAACUUUUCUGUAUUUACAGAUCAUUCGUGCGACGUUUAGUUUCGAAAAUAAAAAUUGAAAACUUAGAAGUCCUUUUUCCCCGAAAUUCAAAUUCGUUCUAAUUGAAAGUCGCUUAAUUGCCUAGAAAUUUCAAACUUGACUCAGAGUUAACUAAGUUUAAGUCAGGUGUACCAUAGCGCGAUCGUUCCCAAACGUAUCUCGCCUAAUUGUCGUGAGACAGCAGCUAAUUAGAAUGCUCCGUUACGAUCAAGGUUAUUCAACGUUUCGCGUUAACAAUUUCGACAGUAACUUCCCAAUUAACGUGGGCGAGGAGAUUCUUAACGAACAGUUAUAUUACGGUGUGUUCUUCACCAUAACCCUCUCCCAUUAAAAUGUAAUUGGCACGUAUCGCAUUUCGCGUUAGCUUAAUUAACAGCCAGCCGUAAUUUUGCGCAAAAAAAUUCAACAACGCGGUUCUGUUUUACGUUCACGCGUGACCUGUCUGACAUUUGAAUUAACUGCUGUCGAUUUGUAUCGGAGACUCUCAAUGUUCAAAACUUAAGGAUACUUAAACAUAAGGUUAAUGCCUCUAUCUCUUAAGUAUUCUAUGUGUAAUCUAUCAAUUACCGUAUCGAUAAUCUAUCGAUAAUAUACUUCAAUUCCACUUAAAAAUAACUAUCUGUAUUCUGAGUGGGACGUUGAUUAAGUACAUGUGUAAUUUUAUCUCAAAGAAUUGUACGUAACGUUUCACAAUGGCGUAUAAAUGUAAACACUUUAUGCGAAGAACCGACAGAUGGCAUCCAGUAACAUCGAGAUCGGAUUCCGGCCUCCCUGCGUUCGCUUUCAGUUUUUAUUUUCGGACACGCGUAUUAUUGGCCUCCGCCUAAUCUGAUUGCCUUAAUCCCCGGCGUAAUGAGUUCCAAAGGGCGUUAAAACAAUUUGAGAUAAGAUAAUCCCCCGUAAUGCAACAGAUGUUAUGCUUUCAGGGCGGUCUUAAAGAAUCCCUGUGUUUACUCUGUUACGGGGGUUUAUAAUUAAGUGCGCUCGCAUGAGACGCCAAUAAAUACCUCGUAGG